AUGACCACUAUCGUCGCCGUUUGUGACCGUACGGGAGAGUUCCGUGUGUGCGCCAAAUCUUUCCAGCAACGCGUGAUCUCUGAUCGUUGUGUGCUCAAACCGCGCAGGUCCUCUGGAGCCUGUGGGCGUCGAACAAAUGUGCUAACCAUGGAAUACUUUAAGCUUGCGAAAGCAAUCGCAUCAGAUCUUUCAAUGACGGAAACUAAACUGCGAAACUUGCGCAUCCUUCUUGAGCAGUCCUGCUUAGCUAGUUCUUCGUCCAUCGCUCAGUUGACUGACACGAUUCAAUCAGAUGUCUCUGGGUUGAAUCAUUAUCUCUGUAAUCUGAGACUUCUGGAAUGCAAAGCUCGUGACCAAUAUGCUUCUAGCACACAAGUGCCGAAACAUAACAGCUUGAUCGCGAAGGGAUUGGGUUAUGUGUUGGCUAUUUCGCUGAGCUCCUUCCAAAAGACCUUGGAAAGCAACAAAGAUAAGAUAUCCGCUACCACAUAG